AUGAGCGAAAAGAAGAUACCCCCGUGGUUGAGCUCCCAUCCGGCCUUUCACGGUUUCUUGCCUCGCGAAGAUGCCACCACAGUGCUCAACAAGGAGGGCAGCUAUCUAAUCAGGGUUUCACAAGUAGUUCAAGAUGGGACAACACGUCUUUGCUUUGUCAUCUCGUACCGUCUCACCGAGAAACAGGUCAACGAUGCGCGAGCGGCAGCACCCGCGAGUAAAUGUCCGACUUCGGAAAUGGCGAUUCGACACAUUGCCGUCGUCGAGAACAAAGGCAGUUUCACGAUCAAUGAGAAGCACGACUUCGCCUCAUUGAAAGAACUCAUCGAUUAUCAUUCGAGCAAGGAAGAGCAAAUCCCCGGAGCCGGUUUUAGUUACAAAUGCAAGCUACAAUUUCCGAUCGCAAGACAAGAAUGGGAACUAUUACACGAAAAUCUCAAGACACAAGAAACUUUGGGAGAGGGUCAAUUCGGAGUUGUUUAUCGUGGCUCACUUCGUCGUCCUUCAACCAAAUGGGUGUCCAUCGCUUUGAAACAGACUAAAGACGAUUGUGCCGCCUCGAAAAAGAAACGGAAAGAGAUCAUGGCCGAAUGUCGACUGAUGCGUGGAUUGAAUCAUCUGAAUGUUGUUCGUUUUUAUGGAGUGGCCGUGCUUCGACAACCGAUCUACAUUGUUCUCGAGCUGGUGCCUGGAUUGGAUUUGCUUCUCUACUUGACGAACAAUCGAGGAAAAAUCAAUAAACGACAACGACACGCUUUCGUAUCUGGAAUAGCGUUUGGAAUCGAGUACAUCCACUCGCAAGGAAUCAUUCAUCGGGACUUGGCUGCUCGCAAUUGUUUAGUAGAUUCCGUUCGAAAUUUAGUUAAAAUCAGCGACUUUGGGAUGUCGAUUCGAGGCAGUGAGUAUGAGUUGCCGAAAGCAAAAAAUGCUGUGAGAUUGCCACUUCGAUGGAUGGCCCCCGAAUGCAUUCUGGAGUUUCGUUAUACACAGAAGACGGACGUUUGGUCGUUUGGGUUGAUUGUUUACGAAAUCUACACCGAGGGUCGACAGCCGUAUGAAGGAAAAAAGAACGAUCAAGUCAGAGAGCUGUUGAUGACCGGAGUGAAACCACAAUUGCCCAAAGGAGCCGGGAAGAAACUUCAGGAUUUUCUCGACAACAGCGUCUUCACAAGAAUCGAUAAAAGAGCCUCAAUGAUGGAGAUUUCAAAUUUUAUUGUCCAGUGGUCGGGCAUUCAACGACCGCCUGCACUGGACGAGGACAGUGAUGGAACGCCAACUUUGAUCAGCAGUGGAACCGAUUCG